AUGGGAUGGUUUGUAGAGCGGGGCAAACUCUAUGGCAUCUUGGAGCUUUUGGAUCACAGCAUCUUUGACGAGCUGGCGGCCAGAGAACGGGGAUUAGCUCAUCAUGUACUCAGGGAAUACACCUACCAGAUCCUGCAGGGGGCGCACUUUCUCCACAGGAAAAACAUCAUCCACAGGGACAUCAAACCGGAAAACCUUCUGGUUUCCCUGUCCGGUGUGGUGAAGCUGGCCGACCUGGGCUACAGUCGGAAGGUGCUGAUGAACUCGGUCAAUCUAACCAGCUGGGCAGGCACACCGGUCUACAUGCCCCCCGAGAUCCUCUUAGGAGAAACCAAGUACAGCACACCGGUUGAUGUUUGGGCCAUCGGCUGCACCAUCCUGGUCAUGGCCAAAUACCAGACUCCUUUUAGCGGCCAAACCUAUCUGGCUCUGGUCCGCGACAUGAUGGCCACUAUCGGGCCUCUGACCGAGCUACAGCAGUGUCGGUACCUGGCCCAGUGUAGGUACCUGCCUCCUGUACAGCCCCCCUCGGAGCCCACAAAGAAGUACAAGCUGUGUGACAAGCAGCUGGCUGAACUCAUAGAGGCAUGUCUCCAAAUGGAACCUUCUAAGAGGUCCAGCUGCUCUCAGCUGCUCAGCCAGGAUUAUUUCACCUGGGACCAUUUCCCUGACAGGUUCACCAAAGAUAUGGAGCUCAUGGUCCAGAGAGACCGUGAAUGCUGCGUGCCUCCUCGGACUGGUACCCAGCCGACCUCCACUCCUUCUGACAACUCCACACGUCAGUCGUCUUCUCAGCAGCAGGCUGUGAAUUUGGUGGGGAUGAUGACUCUCUCCAGUCAGCUCCAGGAUGGGAGCAAGGGGAUGAAGAACCUGGAGGGGGCCAAGGACAAACCUCCUCAGACCAGAGGUAUGUCUGAGGAGUCCCAGGACAAGCCUCCUCAGACCAGAGGGAAUGAGGAGCCAGCAGAGGAGGUGGAGCUGAAGAAGAGGAAGAAGAAGAAGAAGAACAGGGGCUUCACAGCAACCUUUAAGGCAUGUCUCCAGGUGGACCCUCUCAACUGGUCCGGCUGCUCUUUCCAGCCUCAGGCUCCUUGUGUUUCUUGGAAGACUGGUAUCAAGCCAGCAAGGACUACUCCUGACAACUCCACACGUCCCUCGCAGCAGGCUGUGAAUGUGGAGGUGGUGACUCCCUUCAGUCAGCUCAAGGAUGGGAGCCAGGGGAUGGAGAACCUGGAGGAGUCUCAGGACAAGCCUCCUCAGACCAGAGGUGUGUCUGAGGAGCCCCGGGACAAGACUCCUCAGACCAGACGUAUAUCUGAGGAGCCCAAGGACAAGCCUCCUCAGGCCAGAGGGAAUGAGGAGCCAGCAGAGGAGGUGGAGUUGAAGAAGAAGAAGAAAAGGAGCUUCACAGCAACCUUUAAGGCAUGUCUCCAGAUGAACCCUGGCAACCGGGCCGGCUGCUCUGCCCAGCCUCAGGCUCCUCGGGAUUCUGGGAAGACUGGUGCCCAGCCAGCCUCCAGUCCUCCUGACUACUCCACACGUCCCUCGCAGCAGGCUGAGAGUGUGGUGGAGCUGGUGACUCCCUUCAGUCAGCUCCAGGAUGGGAGCCAGGGGAUGGAGAACCUGGAGGAGGCUCAGGAGGAAAGGGACGAGGAGCCAGCAGAGGAGACGGAGCUGAGGAAGAAGAAGAAGAAGGGCUUCACAGCAACCUUUCGAAGAGCUGUCAAUGCCGUCAGACGCCACUUCACCUCCCGCGUCUCCCCCAUGCAAGGCUAA